CCCUCGAGCCUCCUCGUGAAGAAUCCGCACGCUCUCCUCGUCUCGCGUCUCUUCUUCCCCACCGCACCCUUCACCUGGGCUCUCGCUUCGAGAUCCCCCGCCUGGCCGCCUCCGCCUCGACCCCGAUCUCCUCCUCCUCCCGCCGCCGACGUCGCCGCCGCGAGUUGCCUUUCACCAGAACUUUGAAGGAUGGCGAGAUCACCAAGAGGCCGCAACCUCCAAGCUCGUCAACGUAGGUCAGCUUCUUCUGAUGUUCCAUCGUGCUCCUGGAAGGCAAAAGAAACAGGCAAAGAAAAUGAUAUGUCAGUGACCUCUGAGAAGAAUGAAUGGAAAGGUGCCACUUGCCCAGUUUGCUUGGAGCAUCCACAUGAUGCUGUCCUACUCCUGUGUACCUCUCAUCACAAGGGCUGCCGACCAUACAUGUGUGGUACCAACUACCGUCAUUCUAACUGCCUUGAACAUUUCAAAGAAGCUUAUGCAAAGGAAAAAAUGGCUCUUGGUGUUUCAGCAGAGUCUGCACCCAGCCUUCCAUUGUCCUCAAACACACAGCCUGCAAGCAAGCAGCCAUGUGCCAUGGAACUUGCUUGCCCUCUCUGCCGUGGUGAGGUUAAAGGAUGGACUGUGGUUGAACCUGCUCGUCAGUAUCUCAACCGGAAGCGGAGAACCUGCAUGCAUGAUGGCUGCUCCUUUGUUGGCUCAUAUAAGGAACUUUGCAAGCAUGUGAAGUCCAAGCAUCCUUCAGCCAAACCUCGUGAAGUUGAUCCUGCUAUUGCAGAUGAGUGGAAGAAGUUUGAAUGUGAGAGGGAGCGGCAGGAUGCAAUCAGCACUAUCAGGGCCAUGAACCCAGGAGCUGUGAUCAUGGGGGAUUAUGUCCUUGAGUUGAAUGGUGGCGGCAACAGCCAUUUGCCCAUUGAUGGCGAUAACUUUGACUUGGAGGAAAGACUCAACUUCUUCACAUCCUUAGAUCGCACUCUGAAUGAGAGGAUUGACCUGUACGACUCGUCAGAUGGUGGUUUGGAUGAGGGCUUUGACUUCUUGGCGUCCUUGUUUGCUCGUGGCAGGAGAAUCUCUACUGGAGAUUCAUUUAGCAGGGCAUAUAGAAGACAUAGGGAGAGGCCUAGGCGUUCAACUAGCACUGUUGAUACUUCUGACAUUCAGCAUGACUCAGUUAACACUCAAAGGGGGCGGACUGGUACUGUUCGGGCUGUAGGCAGAACUCCACGGCGGCACCAUCCUAUGGUGGCUCCUACAAGGCCAACUCGUGGCAGCUGAGAGAUGAAAUCACUUUGGGGGGUUUGUUCAUUCUAUCCAUCUGCAAGGGACGCAAAAUAACACACCUUGGUAAGCUGCUGCCUGGUGGUCAGAGGCCCAGCAUGUUCUUCCUUCCCUUUUUUUGUCCCAUUGCUGAGACAGCAAUAGUGGAUAGGUUGGAUGGAGAUCUCUGUUAGGCAGAUGCUGACGCUUGUAUGAUGCGCUCUGCGAUCUGCAUACAGUUUUGGGCUGAAGCAGCUCCGCAUUUCAGGUGCUGCCUUGCAUGGAUUUGUGAAUACCCUUGCCUUGAGAGUUUCCUUUCCCUUUCUGUUGGUCAAAGCAAACUACAAACAUGUGAUUGUUUCGGCAGCAAUUGCUGUUUGAAAGUUAGAUGUCAGUGUCAUGAACAAAUCCAGCAUACAGAUUACUGCUUAUGUUUCGGAAGUUUUGUAUCGAUAUGUUGUGGCCGAUGGAUGGCUUGGUCUAGUCUAGUCGAAAUGGAGGUCUGUGAACUUAUUUGCCAUGAGUGUAUCUUCUCAUGGUUGCCUUGUAUCGUGCUGCUAGGGUGGUUUACCUGGUGGUACUAGUUGUGGCUGUUUUAGCUGCUGCUCAUGGAACUGGUUUGUAGUUAUUUAUUGCAAAUGCGACAGUA